CGUUCAGAGUUCAUUCACGCGCAGACAGAGCUCGGUGAGCGCGCGCUUCACGGGAAAACCCCUUUAAAAACCAAACAACAAACACGCGCGCUCUCUCUCUCUCUCUCUCUCUCGCGCGCACCUCUGACAAAUUCACCCAGUUUUGGAUUACAUCAAAGGAGCAGAAGAAGAAGAAGAAGGUUCUUUAUUAGCACAAGGAUUCUUGUUCAGUCUUUAUUGUUCUUAUUAUUUUUUUUAAAGUCAAGUUGACGGCGCGUGCACGAUGCAGCGAAGAUAAAGGGGAGAAACCGAUUCUUUCUGUUUGAUCACUUGGAACGCGAUGAUCGAGUCGAUCGCGUUUCGGGGAUCCCGACUCUUUGCCAGCGACCGUGUGUGCGGUCCGAUCCUCCAUGGGAAGCAGUGAAAGCGCGCGAGAGCGGAGAUGAGAGCCGCGCUCUGCUGCCUCCUCGCGUGCUGCUGCUGCUGCUGCUUCUCCGUGCCGCACGCCGCCGCCGCCGCCACCGGGGUGAGCACGCGCUUCCUUCACCUGCGCGAUCAUGACGCUUGUAACUGUACGUGCUGCGCGCGCGCGCAUGCCGACGAGGAGGCGCCGAUUCCUCGAGAGCUAAUCGAGAUACUGUCCAAUAGUGAGAUCCGCACCAUGAGUGACCUCCAGCGGCUUCUGGAGUUACACUCUGCAGAGAAUGAGGUGGUUCAGGAGACUAAAUGGCGCUACAGCAAAGAACAUCUCGACCACAACGCCAACCUCAAGAGUUCACACACACGCCCAAGACACAAGAGGAGCAUUGAGGAAGCAGUCCCAGCUACAUGCAAGACUCGGACAGAGGUGUACGAGAUCCCACGUUCUCAGGUGGACCCUACAGCAGCAAACUUCCUCAUCUGGCCACCUUGCGUAGAGGUGACACGGUGCUCGGGCUGCUGCAACACGAGCACCAUGCGCUGCCAUGCUACCAGAAAACAACACCGGAAUGUCAAGGUGGCUAAGAUCGAGUAUGUGCGUCGCAGACCGAAGCUGCGGGAGGUGCAGGUGCAGCUGGAGGAUCAUCUGGAGUGUGUGUGCGUGUCCAAACACCACACAGAGUCCCGCUUACACACAGAUGUACGGUGAAUCUGACUGGAUCGACUUGGAGAGUGUGUGGUGAUAAAAAAAAAAAAACGGCCAGCCAUCAAAAUCUUGUCCAGUCAAAAUCUUUGGUUCCAUUAUGACAUCAUCCAGCGAAAAGGCAGCCCUGAACAAAUAAAUCACCGCAAUCCACUCACUUGGCCUGGAUUACGCUAAACGGACUGUUGCGCAGCUUUCAGACUUGUGGACUGGAUGUCUCUUGGACUUUUUGUUAAAAAAAAAAAAGAGAGAGACAGAAAGGCACAAAGGAAGCAAAUUCACCUCAUGGACGUUUUUUUUUUUGUGAAAACUUUAAAGACUGUAAAGUUUCCUCAGCUUCAGCAUGGAUGCUGAGUCUGAACGCUCAUAACAGACGGUCCCGGCUUGGAUCUCGGAUCUACCAUAUAAUGGACAGACACAAUUAUUCACUUCUAUAGCAAGAUUCCUUUCUUCCAGCAAACACUUUUUUCAGUAUACACUCUUAUUUUUGUAGCCCUAUUUUCUAUUGAGACUCAUUUGCUGUAUGUACAGUAGAAAAACAGCCUUCAAUAGCCUUUAAUAAACUAUUUAUAAGUGCA